AUGUCCAAGAGAAGCUUAUAUCAAUGGAACACGCUUCUCAAAAGCUUAUCCAGAGAUAAACAAUGGGAACAAGUCUUGUGCCAGUUUAUCCAAAUGUUCCGAAGUGAAGCAAAGCCUGAUAACUUCACAAUUCCAGUUGCUCUCAAGGCUUGCGUUGAGUUGCGGCAAGUUAAGUAUGGAGAAAUCAUUCAUGGGUUCGUCAACAAGGAUGCUUCGCUUGCGUCUGACGUCUAUGUUGGCUCUGCUUUGAUAGAUAUGUAUACGAAAUGUGGGAAGAUGGCAGAAGCUUUGAGGGUUUUUGAUGAGUUGGAGAAGCCUGAUAUUGUCACAUGGUCUUCUAUGUUUUCAGGGUUUGAGAGGAAUGGGUUUCCCUUUGAGGCCGUUGAGUGUUUCAGGAGAAUGACCACGUCUUCAGAUGUUAGUCCUGAUCGUGUAACUUUAAUCACUCUAGUUUCUGCUUGUACAAAACUAUCUAACUCAAAGCUUGGGAGGUGUGUGCAUGGUUUUGUGAUGAGGAGAGGGUUUGAAAAGGAUUUGUCUUUAGUAAAUUCGCUACUGAAUUGUUAUGCCAAGUCGAGAGCUUUCAAAGAAGCGGUUGAUUUGUUUAAGUUGAUGGUAGAGAAAGAUGUUAUCUCUUGGAGCACAGUAAUUGCUUGCUACGUUCAAAACGGAGCUGGUGUUGAAGCACUACGUGUCUUCAAUGAAAUGAUGUGUAGCGGAACAGAGCCUAACGCAGCUACUAUGCUCAGUGUGUUUCAAGCUUGUGCAGCUUCUCAUGAUCUAGAGCAAGGUAGGAAGGGGCAUGAGUUAGCCAUUAGGAAAGGCAUUGAGACAGAAGUGAAAGUCUCCACUGCGUUAGUUGAUAUGUAUAUGAAGUGUUUCUCCCCAGAGGAAGCUUAUGCUGUUUUCUCCAGGAUUCCGAAGAAAGAUGUGGUCUCUUGGGUUGCGUUGAUAAGCGGCUUUACAUUAAAUGGAAUGGCUCACAGAUCAGUUGAGGAAUUUUCCAAGAUGCUGGUUGAAUAUAAUACAAGGCCUGAUGCUAUUCUCAUGGUGAAGGUACUCAAGUCAUGUUCUGAUUUGGGCUUUCUCGAACAGGCUGAAUGCUUUCAUAGCUAUGUGAUCAAAUUCGGAUUUGGCAGUAACCCUUUCAUCGGAGCCUCUCUUGUUGAGCUUUAUUCGAGAUGUGGUAGUCUAGGAAGUGCUUAUAAAGUGUUUGAUGAGAUAACUUUAAAGGACACCGUGGUUUGGACCUCUUUGAUCACUGGUUAUGGAAUCCAUGGGAAGGGCACUAAAGCGCUGGAGACUUUUGAUAAAAUGGUCAAUAGCUCAGAAGUUGAGCCUAAUGAAGUGACGUUUCUCUCAGUCUUGUCUGCUUGUAGUCACUCAGGUUUGAUUCACGAGGGACUGAGGAUAUUUGAGUUGAUGGCGAGUCAUUACAGACUUGUUCCUAACUUAGAACACUAUGCUGUAUUGGUUGAUCUUCUUGGUCGUGUAGGAGAACUAGACACUGCCAUUAAAAUCACAAAGCGGAUGCCUUUUUCACCAACGCCUCAGAUCUUGGGUGCUCUUUUAGGCGCGUGUAGGAUUCAUCAGAAUGAUGAGAUGGCAGAGACUGUUGCAAAGAAGCUGUUUGAACUGGAAUCUAACCAUGCUGGUUAUUACAUGUUGAUGUCGAAUAUGUAUGGGGUUAAGGGAGAAUGGGAGAAUGUGGAGAAGAUGAGAAAUGCAGUGAGGAACAGAGGAAUCAAAAAAGGAUUGGCGGAGAGUUUGAUUAAGAUAAAAAGAAAGGUUCAUGGAUUUGUGGCUGAUGAUGAUAUGCAUCCUGAGAUUGAGCCUGUUUAUGGAUUGCUAAAAGAGGUGGAUUUGCAUAUAAAACAGGACUUGGAAGAUUCUGCGUUUUUGGAAACUGAGGGAGGCAGCUUUUGA